AUGUACCACCCCCCCUCCUACUACCACCAGAACUUGGGCACCGCAGGCCACAGAGCCUCGUCCUCCUACAACUACAUGCCCCAGUAUCCCCUCAACCACAGGCCCUCGCGUUCCUUCUACGCCUAUCCUCCCGCCUACCCCGUGCAAAUGCCAGUCCCCGUGGCUGUUCAGGCGCCUAUCCAGGCACCUGUUGAGCAGCCUGUCAACGGUGGCAUCAACCCAGUUUUGGAGUACGAUUUGAACAAUAUGGCUACCUUUCUUAGCUGGUGUGCGUUUGGCAUGUUGAAACAGCAAAAGAGCCCCACCAAGGAGUUCGACAACUUGAUCGUGUCGGUACUCUUCGCCACUAGACUCCCCAAGUCCACCAUCAUCAUCGCGUUGGAGUAUAUGAACCAGCGGUUCUCGUCCAAAAACGAGCUCACCUCCCGAGACUUGGUCGAAAACGAAAUCUUCGUCCACCUCGUGGUUGCGUUGGUUUUGGCCAACAAGUUCAACGACGACAACACCUUCACGAACAAGUCGUGGUGCGGAGCAACAGGCUUGGAUUUGGUGCUGUUGAACGAGCAUGAGAGAGCAUGGCUUGACGAGUGCAAAUGGAGCCUAAACGUUGUCAACUUCGAAUCCAAUAUCUUGACCUUGGAAGAGUGCUGGAAGACCUGGUUAGACAAGUACGGCGCCAGCGAGAACUCGUCUUCAUCCACAGUGUCUCCCCCCUCGUACUACACUGGACACCCCCACAACAGCAUCCCGUCAUCACCAGUUUACUCAGGUGGUCACAGCAACGAAAACUACUACUAUCCAUCGUCGUCACCAAUCACUUCAUCUCCCUCAAAAUACACCCAAGAAAAUUACGCCUUUUGGCCCAAUCACCACCAACAGCCCCCCAGUAUCUGGUCACAUGCGCCAGGCUACCACGCUGGCAACAGCUUUAGCAAUGAUCCAGCCGUGCAAUAUGUGGGAGCCAACUUCGUGGGGUACGCCAAUCCUUACUACAACUACAACUUGGCAUCUUGUUAA